AUGGAGGGGGAGGGCAGCGGCGGCGGCGGCGGUGCGGGCACCAGCGGGGACAGCGGCGACGGCGGCGAGCAGCUCCUGACUGUCAAGCACGAGCUGCGGACCGCCAACUUAACAGGACAUGCAGAGAAGGUGGGAAUUGAAAAUUUUGAGCUGCUGAAGGUCCUAGGAACUGGAGCUUAUGGGAAAGUAUUUCUAGUUCGUAAAGUAAGCGGCCAUGAUGCUGGAAAGCUGUAUGCCAUGAAAGUGUUAAAAAAGGCAACAAUAGUUCAGAAGGCUAAAACUACAGAGCAUACACGGACAGAACGACAGGUUCUGGAGCACAUUAGACAGUCGCCAUUUUUGGUGACAUUGCACUAUGCUUUCCAGACAGAGACCAAGCUUCAUCUCAUCUUAGAUUAUAUAAAUGGUGGAGAACUUUUUACUCAUCUUUCUCAAAGAGAGCGUUUCACAGAGCACGAGGUGCAGAUCUAUGUUGGAGAGAUCGUGCUUGCCCUGGAACACCUGCACAAGUUGGGGAUUAUAUACCGUGACAUUAAGCUGGAAAAUAUUCUGCUUGAUUCUAAUGGCCAUGUGGUGCUGACAGAUUUUGGUCUGAGUAAGGAGUUUGUGGCUGAUGAAACUGAAAGAGCAUAUUCUUUUUGUGGAACUAUUGAAUACAUGGCACCAGAUAUUGUCAGAGGGGGUGAUUCAGGACAUGACAAGGCAGUUGACUGGUGGAGUUUAGGUGUUCUAAUGUAUGAGCUACUAACUGGAGCAUCUCCUUUCACUGUUGAUGGAGAAAAAAAUUCCCAGGCUGAGAUAUCUAGGAGGAUCUUAAAAAGUGAGCCUCCGUAUCCCCAGGAAAUGAGUGCAGUGGCUAAAGACCUCCUUCAGCAUCUUUUGAUGAAAGAUCCCAAGAAGCGAUUGGGAUGUGGCCCACGGGAUGCAGAAGAAAUCAAAGAACAUCUCUUCUUUGAGAAGAUAAAUUGGGAUGACUUAGCCGCCAAAAAAGUGCCUGCGCCAUUCAAGCCAGUGAUCCGGGAUGAGUUAGACGUGAGUAACUUCGCCGAGGAGUUCACAGAGAUGGACCCCACCUACUCUCCUGCAGCCCUGCCCCAGAGCUCUGAGCGGCUGUUUCAGGGCUAUUCCUUCGUUGCUCCUUCUAUUCUCUUCAAGCGUAACGCGGCUGUCAUAGAUCCUCUUCAGUUCCAUAUGGGAGCUGACCGUCCUGGAGCGACAAAUGUUGCCAGGAGCGCAAUGAUGAAGGACUCACCAUUCUAUCAACACUAUGACCUAGAUCUGAAGGACAAACCUUUGGGAGAAGGAAGUUUUUCAAUUUGUCGAAAGUGUGUACACAAAAAAACUAACCAAGCAUUUGCUGUCAAAAUAAUCAGCAAAAGGAUGGAAGCCAACACUCAGAAAGAAAUAACAGCCCUGAAACUCUGCGAAGGACACCCCAAUAUUGUGAAGCUACAUGAAGUUUUUCAUGACCAGCUUCAUACGUUUCUUGUGAUGGAACUUCUGAAUGGCGGAGAGUUGUUGGAACGCAUCAAGAGAAAGAAGCACUUCAGCGAGACCGAGGCCAGCUACAUCAUGCGGAAGCUAGUGUCGGCCGUGAGCCACAUGCACGACGUCGGUGUGGUGCACCGAGAUCUGAAGCCUGAGAAUUUAUUGUUCACCGAUGAAAAUGACAAUUUGGAAAUUAAAGUGAUUGACUUUGGGUUUGCUCGCCUCAAGCCACCUGACAAUCAGCCCCUCAAGACCCCGUGCUUCACCCUUCACUACGCAGCACCGGAGCUCUUGACACACAACGGCUAUGAUGAGUCCUGUGACCUGUGGAGCCUGGGUGUCAUCUUGUAUACAAUGCUGUCAGGGCAGGUACCGUUCCAGUCUCAUGACAGAAGUUUAACAUGUACCAGUGCAGUAGAAAUCAUGAAGAAAAUUAAAAAGGGUGAUUUCUCUUUUGAAGGAGAAGCAUGGAAGAAUGUAUCCCAGGAGGCUAAAGAUUUGAUUCAAGGACUUCUUACAGUUGAUCCAAAUAAAAGGCUGAAAAUGUCCGGCUUGAGAUACAAUGAAUGGCUUCAGGAUGGUAGUCAGCUGUCCUCCAAUCCUCUGAUGACUCCAGACAUUCUGGGAUCGUCAGGAGCAGCCGUGCACACUUGUGUGAAAGCAACCUUUCAUGCCUUUAACAAAUAUAAGAGAGAAGGAUUUUGCCUUCAGAAUGUGGACAAGGCCCCUUUGGCUAAGAGGAGGAAAAUGAAGAGGACCAGCACCAGCACAGAGACUCGCAGCAGCUCCAGUGAGAGCUCCCGCUCCUCCUCCUCCCAUUCCCAUGGCAAGACAACGCCUACCAAGACGCAACCUAGCAACCCCACUGAAGGCAGUAACCCAGACACCCUCUUCCAGUUCUCAGACUGAGUGCUGCGGGAAUGGUAGGCUGUCCUCACUGACCCUUGCACCUCAGCUCCCUCAGCAUGUGCCUGAGGUAUGUUCUGUGCUUUAAAAGAUGUGUCCUGUUGUUCUCAUUGGAGUCUGCCUUGUAAUGAAUAUUUUUUGGGGAAACCUAUUUGGUUAUCCUUGUCCAAAAGCACUGGCCAGACAGCAUUACUGUGAAUAGAGGACGCGUGAUCGAUACUUUUUAGCAGACUAACAUGAU